AUGCCAAGGGCCACUUGGUUAGGUUGCGCAUAGGCUGCAGUUUCAGUUUGUUUUAUUCACCAUUUUGAGUAGCUGAAGGUAAAAUUUUUAACUAAAAUCGCGUUUGGAAGACAAAUCGUUGCCGUAGAUUUAGUUUUACGCAGUAGCCGGGGCGUUGGAGUUGGAAGGUCUCGUUGCGCCCUUUGGAGUUGCAGAGCGGGACGAUUUUGUUUUUAUUUUUCUGGAUUUCCUUUCCCCUUUCUUACAUUCUUAACCUCUACAGUAUUUCUGCAAAAUGUCAAGACCAGUGAGGAACAAGAAGGUUGUGAAUUACUCCCAAUUCCAAGAGUCUGAUGAUGCAGAUGAGGAGUAUGGGAGGAACUCAGACAAGCCUAAGAAGCCUCGUGCGGCUCCUCGUGAGGUGAAGCGCAAGCGUUCAAAGAACUCGCAGGAGGACAGUGAGGAUUCUGAUGAAAAACUCUCAAAAUCCAAAAAUGAUUCAGCAGAUGACUUUGGUAGUGAUGAAGGCAACGACUUUGGAGAGGAGGAUGAGGAGGAUGGAGGGAGUGACUUUGAAGCUAAACAAGGGAAAAAGGGAAAAACAGCCAAAGUGGCAAAGCCCACUAAGAGAACACCCAAGAGAAAACGACCUGCAGAUGACAGUGAUGAGGAGGGGAGUCGUAAGGUGCGUACGGUGCGCCAGGCUGCCACCAAGGCCGUGUCCAAACAGAGAGAGAUCCUGCUGGGAGACGGGGGCAGCGAGGACGAGGAACGCCAAGACCAAGAGGAGGCCUUCCCAGACCCUGAUGAGUCGGGCAGUGAUGAAGACUUCAUGGUUGAGGAUGAUGAUGAUAGUGACUACGGCCGCUCCAAGAGCAAGAGGAGCAGCAAGAAGGUGAUCAGACGGAGCAGGCCGGAGAGGAAGGAGAAGAAAUCCCCCAAACCAAGACUAAAGGCCACCGUGACCCCCAGCCCAAUGAAAGGAAAGGGUAAAGGUCGCCCAAGCGCCGCCAAGGCCCCGGAGAAGAGCUCGCCCAAAGAGGAGGAAGAGGAGGAGCCAGAGAGCCCUCUGGAGGAGGAAGAAGAGGAGGAGGGGGAGGAGGUGGUGAAGAAAGACUCCUCCCCCGCUCCCAAGAAAACAAAGGAGGCACCUGGGAAGGAGAAGAAGGAAGACGCCGAGGAGGAGGAGGAAGAGGAGGACGGUUCGGAAGAGGACGCACCCUCUGGGGAAGACUAGCCCCACAGAAGUUCCACCUCUCUCCCCUUCCACGUCUUUCUCUCUUAACCUUAUGUUUUUUGUUUUGUUUCUCUUGGUGUAGAGGGUUUUAUUUCGGUUUCCGUGGUGGCCUGGCUCAAUGGUUUGAACCUCGUGGUUUUGUUGUUUAGUGUUAGUUUUUAUCUUCCCCUAAUGAAUGACUGACUGACUGACUGACUGAGGACAGUGUCUGUGCAUGAGAACAUGUAUACCACCAUAUGGCUGUGAGGGAUGGAAGGGAAGAACAUGUGAGAUUUGACUCUGUCCCAUCCCCCCAUCACUGUCUGCUCUGCUCAGCUUCACCUCCACUGGCUCACCUUUCCUCGCAUUUCUCAUCUCCUUCUCUGCAGUGGCUGCAUUUGUCUUUCCUACACAAGUCUGUGUGAAUAUCAGAAAACAGUUUAUUUCGGCUUUGUUAGUUUGCCUUUCUGAGUGCUCAGUGCUAGUAGGGAUCCGUCCUCAACAGUCGCUUGGUGUGUAGAGUCGUUAGUUUUCACUCUGCAGGUGCGUGUGCAAGUGAGCCUUCUAUUUAAAAAAAAAAAUACACUUUCUACAGCCAUUUUCUUUCUACUCCUGUUCUCCGUCCCCCCUCUCCUCAAGUAAUCUCUGGUCUGACAUGACUGGAUAGGUGCAAGCAAUGUAGUGUAACCCUUGCUUUUGCCUAUCCAGUAGUGUUAGAUCAGGGAUUACUAACUGAGCCCUGGGUUUGUUCAGCCAGUCUGGGUUAGGGUCUCCCUCUCCAUCUUGGUUUGUCAGUGGACUGCUGGUGUUCAAUCAAAGCACUUUAUUCACUGUGCAACACUACCCAUUGGUUCAGUCGGAACCCACUGGUGACGAAUCAGAGAGGGCCACACUGGAGACUCUUGAGGGAGGAUAUGAUGUCUGUGUUUCCUGUCUGUUUAUUUCCCUGUAUCUAGAUUGCCUUCACUGAGGCCCUAGGCCAACUAACCCCAUGGCACUGUGCAGACAGACACUGUGCUUUUGAAACUCUCUCAAACACAACAUGUUUUAACAGGAAGGUUUUAUGGUUGUUAUUUUAAUGUUAACUUAGUUGAAUUAAUGCUAUGUUAUAUUUCCCCCUACUCUGAGGUCAUGCCCUGGUCCUGUGUCAAGGACCUUCAGUUUAACACAUACACAAAGCUUGUUUUGUUAUUGAAUAUGUAACGGUUUAGUAAUGUGCUAGAAGGAACAGAGUUGAAGAUCACUGCUUUGGAGUAGCAGUGUGUUAUUGUGCUUUAGACAGAGUGAGUGCUCUGAGCUUCUGCUAUGAGCUGUAAACGGUUAAUGAUGUGGUGAUUGAUGGGGUCAUGGAAGCAGGUCCUAGAUCAGCCUUCCGAGAACCUCUUCUUUAUGUGUCUUUACUGUGUGCUGGUAUUACUACAGUGCGAGGGUGUGAUGGAGCACACGCUCAAGGGGUUUGGCGUUUCCUCAACCUAUGCCCUCUACCUUUGGUUUGUGGUUCAGAGAUGUUAGAUGCUUUGGAUGCCUCUGUGCUGGGCAUGAUACAUACACACAGAGCAUCCUCUCUUGUUCAACCCUUUGUGCCAGGCAUUCCCAAGCUUUUUUAAAUUGAAUCGAGAAUGUGUUUUUUUUUUGAGUCCCCAAAUAGAUUUUUGGGGGGGGUUUGCUUUACUUCUCUAUUCAGAUUUUUUUGUAAUGUUUGUUUUUUAAGAAAAUAAAUAAAUAAAAUGUAUCUUGAUUUUAAAGAAAAGUUGACCCUAUCCAUCUGUUUUUCUGCUGUGUUAUAACUGUCUGGGAGAGCAGACUCAGAAAUCCCUCCUUUCUGUUCCACUCACUUCCUUUCUCUCAUUCUAUUACUCUCUCAUCUCCUGCUCCUUCACUCAGUUCAUACUCACUCCCUCUCUCACAGAAGCUUGAUGCCAGCUAAUGUUUUGCUCCACACCUCUGCUCUCCUCCACAACCAAGAAACACUAGCUGUAUUUCCCCUACUGUGCCCUGCAGAGAUCUGAUAUGACUGGAUAGGUGACAGCAAUAUGAAGGAAUAUAGGUCAAACCACUGCUUAUGCCUUCCUGGUUGUUUCUGAUCAGCAAAUAGUGCAGAGGUGAGAGACGGCAUGAAAUGAGUGCUGUUUUUCAACUCCUCCCUGGGUUGAAAAACUUUUGAGCCAAACCUAUGGUAUCAAAAAGUGUUCUUGGUCUAAAUGGAUUCAUUAUUGUUUUAGCUGAGAAUGAACUCUACCAGUUAUUAAAAUGAGUUUGGAUGCUUAAAGAUUGAA